AUGAAGACACUACAAAUCUCAUCUGCUCUUGCCGUUGCUUACGCAGGCUUGACUGCAGCAUAUCCCAACAUCCUUGCCGAGCUCGAAUCACAGAAGAAGGCUUCCGGCUUGAAACAGAGAGCUGCUGGUAUCUUCGAUGCCGCCUCUCAGUUGGUUGAUGUCUCUGGUGCACACGCUUUCACUCCUCCUGGCGAUGGGGACCAGCGUGGACCCUGUCCAGGACUGAACGCUCUCGCAAAUCACAACUACCUCCCCCACAAUGGUGUUGGCACCAUCGACCAAUUCAUUGAGUCCACCAGCUCAGUCUUCGGUAUGGGCGUUGACUUGGCCACCGUCCUCGCUGUCUAUGGAGCUGCCAUUGACGGCAACCUUCUUGAAUGGAGCAUUGGUGGUCCCACACCGAAUGUCCCCUCCAUCAACCUUCUUGGACAGCCUCAAGGUAUCAGCGGCUCUCACAACAAGUAUGAGGGCGACGCGUCACCCACUAGAGGUGACUUGUACGUCGAUGGUCAAGACUACCUCCUGAAGAUGCAGAACUUCCAAGCUCUGUACGAUGCUGGAAAGGCCGACGAUAACUACGACCUCCAGCUCCUGACUGACAGAAGAGCUGCUCGCUUCCAAGAGAACAUCGAUGGCAACCCUUACUUCUUCAACGCCCCCUUCUCUGGUGUGGUUGCUCAACCUGCAGCGUGGAGCUUCAUCUACCGUUUCAUGGGUAACAAAUCUGCUGAGUACCCUGCUGGCAAGCUUAACGGCGAGGUCCUCAAGUCCUUCUACGCCAUCACUGGCGAUGAUGGAGACUUCAAAUACACCCCCGGCUACGAACGUAUUCCCGAGAACUGGUACACUCGCAACCAGGCUGAUCCCUACGAUAUCUUGUUCCUGAACGUCGACACCGACUUCCAACUACUCCAGCACCUUGAGUUCGGCAGCAUCGGUGGCAACACUGGUACAAACAACAGCUUCGUUGGUGUUGACCCUGAGGAGUUGACCAAUGGUGUCUUCAACGCACAAACCCUAACUCAGGGUAACAACCUCAUGUGUUACGGUCUGCAGCUUGCCGUCCAGGAACUUCCUGACCUUCUUUCUGGCGUUGUCACCAACCUUGCCGCUGCUGUCAAUCAAGUCAGCUCCGCCUUUGGCAAUGCUACUGAGAAGCUUGGAUGCCCCGAGCUCACAAAGAUCAACAAGGAUCAGUUCAGCAAGUACCCUGGCUACACCCAGUUGAAGUCUGAUGGUACUUACUAA